GUAUUGCCAGCCGUACCACUGGUGGUGAAGAGUCCAUACCUGUCCACUUGGAUGACUGGCCGACAACUGGCCGGUGAGUGGACGCGGUUUUAUACCGGAGCCAUUACAGGUAUGGCAGGUAUGGUUCGGGUUGACGGACAGACCUAUGAGUUUAUGGGUAAACCCUCCGCCGAUGUCAUGGAAAUACAACGAGUCGUACAGUCAGGUCUUCGCGUGACUCCAACCCAAUCGGUGUUCACAUUCACUGCCGGACCCAUAGAACUGGUCGUAAACUUCUUCACUCCUAUCGAUCCGACAGAUCUCAAGCGUCUGUCACUUCCGGCCUCUUAUAUAUCAAUGAGCGCCCGAUCUAUGGAUCAGAAGACACAUGAAGUUCAGGUAUAUCUCGAUAUGUCUGGAGAAUGGGUCGCCGCAGACGCUAAUCAAGUGGUGGAGUGGGAUGUCAUGGAAGUGAAGGGCAAAACAAAUCUAAUUAAUGGUAACUUUAGACUCAAAGAUCAAAAAGAAUUUGCAGAAAAUAGAGAUUUAGCCCAAUGGGGAACUAUGAAGUUUUUCACCGACUCGACCGCUACACACGAGGCCAAUCCCUGUAAGACAAUGCGUCAAAAGUUUGUAAAAACCGGUAAACUCGACAAUACUGUAGACAAGAAUUAUCGCAAAGCAUCAGACAAUUGGCCGGGCAUUGGUUUUGCGCGGACACUGACCGCCGGCGUCACUCAUACGGCGGCAAACACUGUGUAUUACGGCGUCGCUCACGUCAGACGACCGGCCAUUGAGUACACGGACUCACAUCUGAACCAAUUAUGGGAAAGUUAUUUCAAUGGAGACGACAAACAGAUGAUUGACUUCUUCUAUGAGGACAGAGAGGACGCCCUCCGGAGGGCNGCUCACGUCAGACGACCGGCCAUUGAGUACACGGACUCACAUCUGAACCAAUUAUGGGAAAGUUAUUUCAAUGGAGACGACCAACAGAUGAUUGACUUCUUCUAUGAGGACAGAGAGGACGCCCUCCGGAGGGCCACAGCUUUGGACAAACAUAUUGUGACCGACGCUCAGGCGGUCGGCGGCGAGAGUUAUGUUAAGGUUGUGUCCGCAGCUCUUAGACAGGCUUACGGAGGGGUAGAAAUGGUUGGCACAGUUGACAAGCCAUGGAUGAUGUUUAAAGAGAUCGCAUCGGAUGGUAAUUGUCAAACAGUAGAUGUGAUUUUUCCCCACUUUCCAGUUCAGCUAUAUUUCAACCCAACUCUUUUGAAAUACCUUUUGGAUCCACUGCUCGACAAUCAGGAAAGAGGUUUCUUCCCAUUGAAGUAUUGCAUACAUGACUUGGGAACACAUUAUCCGCAAUGUAUUGGACACAGAGAUGGGGUUCAAGAGGACAUGGAGGUGGAGGAGAGCGCCAAUAUGUUGAUCAUGAUGUCAGCCUAUGUCAGGGCAACCAAUGAUACAGAGUUUGCCAAAAAUCACUACAAGAUUGCCAAGCAAUGGACACAGUAUUUGGUCGAUCACGGGUUGAUCACAGGUGACGCUUUGACAACCGACGACUUUUUGGGUAAAUUUAAAAACUCAACAAACCUCUCGGCCAAAGCUAUUAUAGGCAUUGGAGCGAUGGCACAGUUGGCUGAAGUGACCGGCAAUGAGGCGGACAGACAACAGUACAGGCAAACUGCUGAGAAAUACGUCACUGAAUGGAUCCGUUUGGGUGAAGACCCGUCUAAUAAACACAUUAAACUGAGUUAUAAUACGGCCAACACGUGGUUUAUGAUCUAUAACUUAUACGCCGAUAUCCUAUUGGACACCAAAUUAGUACCCGAAUCGAUCUACAAACAACAGGACGAGUGGUAUCUACAGGUGAUGGACGUCUACGGUCUGCCAUUUGGUACCGAUAAAGAGGGGACACUGUUUGGUUGGAUGAUGUUUACGGCGGCCGCGUCUGGCAAUACAAAACUGCGACAAACAAUGUUUGAUCGGACGGCCAAAUGGUUGCGCGAAACGCCGUCCGGAGCGCCAUUUCCCGACUAUAUAAACACCUCUAACGGCAACGUUUUACUCAAUUUUAUCAAUCGGCCCGUUAUUGGUGGUCUAUUCGCGCCGUUGACUCUUAAACAUUAAACAUGUUUUUAAUUAAAAUAUUAUUUUUCCUUAUUGUAAACCAA